AUGGCUGCGAGGAAUCUUUGGGCCAUCCUCUUUUUGGCCACCAUCUGCAUGGCCCAGGCAUAUCCGGCUUUAUUGCCCUACAUCUACAAUCCUUCCAAGCGAAGCAACAGUGAUUCGACUUUCCCCCAAAUCGAAGACGAUGUGAGUGAGCUGGACCAGCUGCGAAAUGAACCGGGAGCGGUGGUGGCCAAGAGGCAGCACGACGGCAGUACCGCCCGUACCACUACAACCACCAAGGAAAGCGUCGAGGAUGUGGCUGCUGCUCCGGAACCUAAUUCCAAUUCAAAUGCAAAUAUCCUUCCCGAUUUGGAACGACAGUUGGAAGUGGCCACGCCUCUUAUUUCGACCACUACAACCACAAGCACUUCGGCCACCACCACUACGGCGACAUCCAAGGAGGAGGGUGAGCGAUCACAGCUGGAAGAGCCGAAGACACAGAUCAAAACUGUAGUGGAACCGACGGCCCAUGCCAAGGCAUUUUACGGGGCGGCUCGUCUAGCUUUUGGCCAAAAUCCAGAGGUACUACCAACGACCACGACCACAACCACAACUACAACGACUACGACGGCAGCGCCAGCAGCUGAAGCCGAGCCAGAAGCUGAUUCCCAGGCACCUGCCGAACAGGUGGAUAAAGAAUCAGAGAAUACGGAUACGGAAAAAGCUCCAGACGUGGCUGGCGAACCAGUUGAGGCGGAGGAUCCCAUAGGCGAAGUGGCCGAAACUGAAUUGACUGCCCUGAAUCCCCCAAAAACCAAGCAGAAUCACCACGAAUCGAAUAAGGAGACUAUUGGGGACAUCGUCUUUGAUGUGGUGGCCCGAACCACGGAGCGAAGAUCCAGUUCGCCUAAGAUCACGGCCAAGACAGCCAAUAGCUUGCUGCGAAGUCCCAAUGGUCAGUACUCUUCCUUUGACAUGGCACAAUAUAUUUUCUGGACUGGAGAUGAGACAGCUGUGGUGAAAGCUGUAGAGGAACUGGUAGAGGGAAAGGUGAUCACCCGAGAGAGCGCUUUGAAGUUCCUGCAAGACAUUCGGCUGGGAAUCGAGUUCUUGCAGCGAUCCUACGCCAAUCGAAUUUUUCCUGAGGAGGUUCGCCAGAAUCAGCUAAAGCGCCACAGCCCCCCUAUUACCACGCCUCCAACUACAUCCACCACAACUACAACAACAACUACAAGUACAACCACAGAAAAGCCAUUUCCCGAAGUCCACGAAUCCGGUUUCGUAUCAGGAAACGAAAGAGGUUCAGGAGUCUUGCCCGCGAAGAGCUUCGAUAGCUUCACCUUCUGGAAUAAACUAAAAGUUUUGGACAGCGAGGCACAGCAAGAUUUAAAUGACUAUGACGAAGGACGGGCUAAGAUUGUGGAGUACUUGUAUAAUGAGUACUCCCUAGAGGAGAUCCUCUACAAGCUGGCAAAGGUAAUGUUUGCCCAAUCGCUAUCACAUGGUUCCGAUGAGGCUCAAAUGGAGCUGCAAAAGCUUACCGAGUUUCUGGAACGCGAGGGCAACAUGGGUGUUAUACCCAUUGACUUGCAGAAGAAAGUUUUAAAAGUGCUGCUCAGUGCAUUGUCGGACACUCUGACCGAACAUCCAGAGUUGCUGCCGGCGGCGCGGGUUAAUCUGGCCAACCCAUUUUACAGGCUUCCAAUGCAUACACCCAGCCAAUAGAGAUAAUAUAUUGGACGGCUAUCUCAGAUUAAAACAAGUCCCUAUAUAUAUAUAUAUAUAUGUUAACACGCAUAAUCCGCAUCAGCUAAAUGGCAUAUAUCCACUGAUCGGCGCUACUCUGGGGAGGCGCUCUCUCGGAACUUGAAUUCAUAAUAUGGCCCUAAGUUCACCCGAUCUAUUGGCAUUUUUCACUUUGGUUAACGGAUUAGCCUACGUGUAAUAUAGCAAAAUACUCUCGUGAUAUUUUCUGAUCAGAUGCAAGUGCAAGGUGCAGAAUGCAAGAUGCAAGAUUCAGAGAACGAACCAUUUACACUUACGGUACGAUAAGAAAAUCAAAAAAAUAUAUAAAUAAAAGUAACCGAACCAAAACUGAUGAGAGAGACUUGCGCCCCUUUGAGCUUUUAAAAAUUAAAAAAAUAGACUAUCUAUUAUGUGUAUGUACUAUGUCCACUGUAUGCAUACGAAUUGGCACACUUGCUUAUAUUUGAUAUGAGUUUGUUAGUUAGAUACAUUGAGAGGUUGAGGUUAAAGAGAGGUCGCUUUGGUUGGCAAAAUCGAUGGGCCGCCAUGGGACGACCGAUUGAAGCAGGAAUGGGCUCUGAGUCCGUCUAUAUCAGUAGCUAAUAUGGUUAUAAACGCUCCACAGACGAAGCGAAUGUCGUAAAUAGUUAUUACUCUACCAUAUAUUAUAUGUUCUCCCCCGAAUAAUUGAGCAUUGCAUUAUUGCAUUAUUGAUGGAUUGGUUAAAUGAUUGAUUGUGUUGCGAGUUACAUAUACGAUAUGCAAAUAAGAACUAGAAACCUGUAUCAACAAAUUAUCGAUUAUACACUCAAUAUACAUCAAUAAAUAAUUAUAUAUAUAUA